AUGGAAAGAAUAGUAACGGAAGCGGCGACGGGUGCCCAAAUCAGCGAAGCUUGUCAUCAUAGAGUUGCUACGUGUGAAGUGAAUACAGGGAAUAAUCGACCUGUCUGCGGAACAGACGGUCGAAAUUACCCAUCUAAAUGCCACCUUAUGAAGGCUCAAUGUGCCGGAGAAACGGUUACAAUUGCACAUAGAGGACCUUGCUUAGAGGGUCAAUCUUCGUGUUUAACUGUAUUGAGAUACGCAUUAAACGCGCAAGGAGGGCGUCGCGCGACGUUCGUACCGCGUUGCCGCGCCGACGGCACGUACGCGGCGGUGCAGUGCGCGGCCGCCGGCGCCGCUGCCGGCUGCUGGUGCGUCACACCCGACGGAAAACCAUUGCCGGACACCUCUGUCAGAAACGGCAGGCCGGAUUGCACUAGGACCGGAAAAUCUCAAACAAAAAGAAGAUCAUCGGUUCGAGGGCAACGUAACAAAAGAAGUUGCUCAAGAAUAGAUCGUGCUCAAUUCAACAGUAAUCUAAUAAAAAUAUUUAGCGGAGAAUAUGACCGGGCGAGAUCUGACAAGGGCGGGCCCACUGUGGAUCCUCGAGCUGUUGCAGACUGGAAAUUUAAGGAGCUCGAUCGGGACAGGGGUGGCACAUUACAGAAGUCCGAGUACCGAGGCUUACGACGACUCAUUAAAAAGGUCGUAAAACCGAAACGAUGCGCUCGGGCGUGGACCCGCGGCUGCGACGCGGACGGCGACAGCGAGAUAGCUAAAGCAGAGUGGGCCUCGUGCCUGCUGACCAACCCCGAACCUCCAGCACCGGACUUCUCUCUUCGUUUCUUCAUGUCGUUGAAUGCAGACGACGAUAGCGGUCCCGAGCCGGAGCCUGACUAUAACGAAGAGGAGCCGCCGCCCGACCCAAGUGCCGUGUUGCCAGGUAUCAUGAGAAACUCGUUUGCGCCCGACGGCUCGGUCGCGAGGGAAGACGAAGCGAACGACUGUCUUACCGACCGCCAGGCCGUAUUAGACGAACAGAAAGCGGGUAGUGCAGUGCUUUACGUGCCAGAGUGUAUGGGCGAUGGGAGGUAUGCGAGGGCGCAGUGCUACCGCUCCACUGGCUACUGCUGGUGUGUCCACCAAGACACGGGCAAACCCAUACCAGGGUCCUCGGUCAAAGACAAGAAACCCGACUGCGACGCCGCGCCACAACACGCCAGCCCUAUGAGAGGUUGUCCUGAACCAAUGAAAACAAAUUUUCUACGUGAUUUGUUGGCUUUUUUCACGUCGAAAAUGACAACUUCAAUUAACGGCACAGGACCGGGGGACAUGGUAAAAUGGGGUGCAUCGAAAGAGGAACAGGCGGCGACUUGGACUUACGUGAUGUUAGACAAAGAUAAGAAUAAAGCGUUGGAGAGACGAGAGUGGAAGGCUUUUCAUCAGCUGAUAUCCAAUAUGGAGUCUUUGAGACGAUGCGGUCGGAAACUACCGCGCUACUGUGACGUUAAUCACGACACCAAAAUCAGUAUUACCGAGUGGAUGGCUUGCUUAGAGGUCAAUCAAGUUUCGCAGGGAUACACGACUGAAGUCACAAAAACACCGACUAACCCAAGAAGGAAAGGACCAAAUCCUUUAGAGUCGAUUCUCAAGGCGGACGACUAAUUAGGAAACAACUUAAGGAGUUCUCUCGGAUUGAUAUCCAAUAUUUCAAUUCUUGAAACUAUUGGAUGUAAGUUCGUAAUGGAAGUCUAUGAUAAGAUGCGAUCAUGUGGCGAUGAAGCGGCGAUGUGCAAGUUUGUGCAUGAAAAUAAAGGAACUUGAUCAGUGACUAAACUUUAUAAGAAUAUUAAAUUAAUUUAUUAUACAACUAUAUGUUAGUCUCAUUAAUCUUGCAACUCGUAUUGUUCAAGAAGUGAUUAUGUUAAUAUUGACUAUACUUGCUUUCACUUCAGUGUUCUGCAUUUUAAGUCGUCUUGCGUUUACAAUCGCGUAUAUUAGCAUAGUCAUCGACAUAUGUGUUUAUAUAUUCAAUUACUAUCGCACCACAAGUCGGUGUACACUUGUUUAAUUUAACAUCAAUGUGUUUAUUUUAUAUUUUGAAUAUUGUGUGAGAAGAGCUUUCACUAUCUGAUUAAUAUUAAGCUUGCAAAUAACGACAGAUACAUUUGUAUUUAAAAAUAUGACUAAGUUAAAUAUUAGGUUUUUCGACACUAAAAAGCUGUAUUGAAUUAAUAUUUAUAAAAAAUUUAGUCAAUAUAAAAUGUAAGAGUUA